AUGGCAGACAAGGGGACGCUGGGGUUUCUGCCUCCCUUCAAGCACUUCGCUACCAGCGCCAUUCAUGCCGGCCAGGAGCCCGAGCAGUGGCGCUCCGGGGCCGUGGUGCCGCCCAUCUCGCUCUCCACCACCUUCAAGCAGCGGGCGCCCGGCGAGCACGCGGGUUAUGAAUACUCCCGGUCUGGGAACCCCACUCGGGAGUGCCUGGAAAAGGCUGCAGCUGCCCUCGAUGGAGCCAAAUACUGCUUGGCUUAUUCCUCUGGCUUAGCAGCUCUUUUGAACAUCUGUCACCUGCUGAAGACAGGGGACACAGUUAUCUGCAUGGAUGAUGUCUAUGGAGGCACAAACAGAUAUUUCCAGAAAGUAGCCUCAGAAAUUAAUUUGAAAGUAAUUUUUGUUGACUGCACAAAACCAAAAUGCCUGGAAGCUGCAAUUACACCAGAGACCAAGCUGGUUUGGCUGGAGACCCCCACGAACCCCACGCUGAAGGUGAUCGACAUCAAAGCCUGCUCAGAUGUGGUGAGCAGACACCAAGGGGUGCUGCUGGCAGUGGACAACAGCUUCAUGUCUGCCUACUUCCAGCGUCCUUUGUCCCUGGGGGCUGAUAUUUGUAUGUCUUCUGCAACCAAAUACAUGAAUGGGCACAGUGAUGUUCUCAUGGGCCUGGUCUCUGUAAACCGGGAUGAUCUAUAUGAGAGGCUCAAAUUCUUGCAGAACUCCCUGGGAGCUGUUCCCUCCCCCUUUGACUGCUUCCUCUGCAACCGUGGGCUCAAGACUCUGCACCUCCGGAUGAAGCUGCACUUCCACAACGGCCUGGCUGUGGCCAAGUUCCUGGAAUCCCAUCCCAGGGUGGAGAAGGUCAUUUACCCAGGGUUGCCUUCCCACCCCCAGUAUCAAGUGAUGCAGAAGCAGUGCACGGGCUGUCCUGGAAUGAUCACCUUCUACAUUAAAGGGAACCUCAAAAAUGCCUCUGCCUUCCUCAAGAACUUGAAGGUGUUUGCCCUGGCUGAGAGUCUGGGUGGCUACGAGAGCCUGGCAGAGCAUCCGGCCAUCAUGACCCACGCCUCAGUGCCUGAGGAGGAAAGGCAAGCUCUGGGAAUCACUGACACCUUGAUCCGCCUCUCGGUGGGGCUGGAGGAUGAGGAGGAUUUGCUGGCAGACCUGGAGCAGGCCCUGAAGGCUUCGCCCUGCUCAGGCACAGCUCCCGUGGAUUCUGGAGAGGUUGAGAUGUGCCAGGCACAGCUCCCGUGGAUUCUGGAGAGUUGCUCGGGGCGGGAUUCGAACUCGCCGCCUGCAGAGUCCCCCAGCCCGGCCCGCCGCGUGACGUCACGCGCGCUUGCGCCUGUCUCGGCCAAUCAGCGGCCGCCGGCGGAUUCGAACGGCGGGGCGGCGGCGGCCGUUGGGCGUGCGGCGGGGCCGGCAGGGGGCGCUGCGCUCUCCGGCUGA